AUGAGUUACUUGAUUUUGCCCUUGGUGAGUGUUGGGAAUAUACCGCAGUUGAGUGUCGACUGGCUGCUCAAUUCGCAGUCGAAUGAGUGGGAAUAUCUGGAGGCGUUAGAUUCCAAGUAUCUAGUGGAAUUCGUGGGACCGCUAGAUAGGCCAGAGGAUGGUAGCAAGUCCCUCUAUCCAGACGUUGAAAUGAAGUAUAGUAGCGCUCUGGAGGUUUUUUACAACAAGAAACGAGGAAUUUAUGCCAUACAACAACGAACACCUCUGGUGUCGGGAAACUAUUUGAAUAAUUUCAUCGUAGAGGUCAUUGUGCCACUCUUGAGCAAGUAUAAUGUGUCGGAGUUAUGCAUCUGGGACUCUUUAAGUGCGAUGGAGGACGAAAACGGUGUGAUAGUGCACCCAGACGAGAUAUUUUCGCUGGGUGAAUUUCAUUUCGACGAUGAGGCCGAUCUCCUUUCAAAGCUCCAUCUCGACGAUCAAGGGUCAAUGGUCAACAAUUGGUUGAGGUUUACUCCAGCGAGUUUCCAAGACAAGAUAUCUAUCGAUCAGCCGAUUUUCAAGAUUCUUUUCCAAAUACUGAAUGCUGUACAAAGAUGCUGUACUCUUCACAGCAUCAAGUACUGUAACUGUUUAGCCAAUGAAGGAGACAACUCGUUGGAUUCGCAACAGUUCCUGCAAUGGAUAAUUUCUCAAAGGGUUGUCAAAAGCCUACCAACAAUAAAGAAAUUUGUUAGGCCCUUGUCAUGGAAAGGUGUGUACGGAGUAGCAGAUACCAGAGAUAAAUUUAAAGAUUUGUACAGUUGA